GAUUUGCUGGGGCCGCCCGCCCGGCCCUUCCCAAACUGCGGGAGCGCCGCGCCGCCCACAGCGCCGCCGGGCAGCAGCGCCGGGCAGCAGCACCGGACAGCGCCGGCAGCCCCGCGGGCGGCAGCGCGGGCAGCACCGGACAGCGCCGGGCAGGCUCCCCUCUCAGUGACGGCCACCGUCAGGCACCUCAGCGGAGAGAUGAACCCCACCGUCAGCAUCGCUGUCAUACUGACAGUCCUCCAGGCUGCCCACUGCCAGAUGAUCAAGGACCUGAGUGCCUGCCUGCUGGGCCAGAGCCUCCGGGUGGACUGCCGUUAUGAGAACAAAACCAGCAACCCCCUGACCUAUGAGUUCAGCAUCACCAAGGACAACAGGAAGCACGUCAUCCACAGCACCAUCAGCGUCUCUGAGAACGUCUACCGGAGCCGAGCCAACGUCACCAUGCACAAGAACCUGGUGUGCCUCCACCUGCAGAGCUUCACCACCAGCGAUGAGGGUGUCUACAUGUGCGAGCUGAAGGCCACCAACGACUACACCGGCAACCAGAUAAAGAACAUUACUGUCAUCAAAGACAAACUGGAGAAAUGCGCCGGCUUCAGCCUCUUGAUCCAGAACACUUCGUGGCUCCUGCUGCUUCUCCUUUCCCUGCCUCUCCUGCAAGCCGUGGACUUCGUGUCCCUGUGAAAGGAAAAGCACGCCCACACACGCACGCACGCACACACCGAGUACCCCAGCAAACCUGCCUCCCCUGCCAGAACGCAGCCCUUGGAAAGAGAAGCCGAACCAUUUGGAACGAGUGAAACCUCUCUCCGUGUUAUCUCUAUAUAGCCAUAUAUCUAACGCUAACCACCGUCCUGUGCCGAGACCCACCAUCACACGCACACAUGCCCUGCUCCGAAGCAUGGUGGCUCUGCUAGGCAGCGUUGCUUCUCCCAUCGUGCCUCCCCGCUCGGUAGGCUGGCUGGUUUGCUCAUACUGGGAGCACUGGAGCUUCAGCCCCACACAGCCCGCUUCUCCCGUCCCUUUAACUUUUGGGGUUUGCCUGUUCUCAAGCGGGGAAAGACAGCUGGAUUGGCAGGUAAGAGAGGGAGAUGAUGCGAGAGCAUGCCAAGGGGUCCCCUUGCUGGGUGCUGUGCCCACAGCCCCUGGAGGAGAUGAGGCUACUGGCGUCCCCAACCCGCCCUGCCCGCUAGCCAGGUGACAUUACUGAUUCCUCAGCCUGCUCCUCUCUCCCUGAGCCACUGCGAGCUGCCACGACUGGGAGAGGCCCCGAGGUGAGUCCUGUCUGGGAGCAGGCAGGGAAGAGACGGAGGGAGCAGGGGAGGCAGGGGACGAUGCUGGGCCUGGCCAGGCUGGGAGGAGAGGGGGGAGCAGGUCGAGGAGACACCCGUCGAAUGCCCCUGCCUCCUUAGGGCUCGCUGCAUACAUGUUUUGGCAACGAGUUUUUCCUAAUCUGUUUCUUACAGCUGAGCUGGAAGCGAGGCCUCCUCCAGAUAUCAUCUGGUACCUCUGGGCUGCCCGAGCCCAAGACACCACUUGCUGUCCCCGGGGACCAGCCCUUAGCUGUGACGAGAGAAUUGCUGCCAGCACCCGCUCCCCGUGGAGGCAAGCAGAGCCUCUCUGAGCUAGCUGCAGCCCUGCCUUCAUCCCCGCUCCCCUCCCCGAGGCCCCUGGGGCUGGAUCCAGGCAGGCUGGUGGGGAGGGGGCUCCCCUAUGGGACCGUGACCCCAGGGUCUCCGCAGGGAUUCCUCUGCACCAUCACCCUGUCUUCCCUGAGGGAACAUCUGGCGGCCCCGAUCCUUCCUCACGGCACACGUCCUGGUGCCUGGCCCUGGGUAGGCUCGGCAGCCUUCCUCCAGCCCAGUCUUCCUCCAGUCCCACCGUGCUGCUGGGAGGAGCCCAUGCGCCCCCUCCCUUCUCUCUCCUCCCUUUCAGCAUUUCCCCGUCUCCAUUUAAGAGCAGCCGGGCUCUUGGCCACUGCCUCAGUAAGGCCAGGACCUUCCCAGGGGUCAUCCAGAGCGGGGAGAGCGAUGCUGAGCGCAGCCCGCAUCUGCCAGCCCGGGCCUGCCCCAACGCCCCGCAGGAGCCCGGGGAGCUGGUGGGCUGCUGCCCUGGCCUCCCCGAAACCUGGCGGCUCCCAGGCAAGGAGCAGCCCAGCCGGCCGUGGGGAGAGAGACCCGAGGGCCAGCCCUGCUGCACCCUUGCCCAGGGGAGGGCACAGGGGCAGGGAAAGACGCAAGCGGGAGCAUCCGUGGGGUGAACCCCAGCCCUGCCGAGCUACCCGUGCAUCCCAGGUUGUGCCGUGCCACCACGGCUGAGAGCAAUUCACAGCAGCUGCUCCCCACUCCUUGCUCUUCUCCAGACACCGCGAGCUGCCUCCUACCCCCGUGCUCAUUCCCUGCCCGCCUCUGCCUGCUUGCUUGCUGUCUAGUGCUGCUGAGGCCCUGUAUAGCUGAGGUCUGGCUGUGCCCAGCUCCCUGGGCUUGCUGGUGAGCGCCGGGGCAGGCGCAGAGCCCAGCUGGCAGAGCGCGGAUGUGUCUCGAGUCUCAUUUUUUUGUGAACAUUUGUAGUUGUUUCCACAGCUUGUCGUAAAAGAAAUUCUGUUACAGGGGAAAAAAAAAAGAACCCUACGAAAAGCAACAACAAAAACCCACCCUCCGGGAGUGUUCCUCUGUCUGCACAAUAAAACCCUAGGUUGUGUGUUGGA